AUGAUUAUCCCUGACUUGACAGCAUCAGUGCUCCUAAACCGCACAAUCCUACUGACCAUCCAGGCAAUGUCAGGCAUGGGCUCCCUCUCAUGGGAUGCACCACCCGUUAAAAAGCAAACUUUGAUUGGAAACUCCCACAAGUUCUGCACUACCACUACCCCAGCUCACGCUGCUGAAAGGGCAGCUUGCAGACCGGGAUUCUAUAAAGCAUUUGCUGGGAACACAAAAUGUUCCAAAUGCCCUCCACACAGCUCAACCUACGUGGAAGCAACUUCUGUCUGUCAGUGUGAAAAGGGUUACUUCCGGGCAGAAAAAGACCCACCUUCUAUGGCAUGUACUAGGCCACCUUCAGCUCCUAGAAAUGUGGCUUUUAAUAUCAAUGAAACAGCCCUCAUUUUGGAAUGGAGCCCACCUAGUGACACAGGAGGGAGAAAAGAUCUCACGUACAGUGUAAUCUGUAAGAAGUGUGGCUUAGACACCAGUCAAUGUGAGGACUGUGGAGGAGGACUCCGCUUCAUCCCAAGACACACUGGACUGAUCAACAAUUCUGUGAUAGUACUUGACUUCGUGUCUCAUGUCAAUUACACCUUUGAAAUAGAAGCCAUGAAUGGAGUUUCUGAGCUGAGCAUUUCUCCCAAGCCAUUCACAGCUAUUACAGUGACCACAGAUCAAGAUGCACCUUCUCUGAUAGGGAUGGUGAGGAAGGACUGGGCAUCCCAGAACAGCCUUGCCCUAUCAUGGCAAGCACCUGCUUUCUCCAAUGGAGCUGUCCUGGACUAUGAGAUCAAGUACUAUGAGAAAGAGCAUGAGCAGCUCACCUAUUCUUCCACGAGGUCCAAGGCCCCCAGUGUCAUCAUCACAGGUCUCAAGCCAUCCACCAAGUACAUAUUUCAUAUCCGAGUGAGGACUGCGACAGGAUACAGUGGCUACAGUCAGAAGUUUGAAUUUGAAACAGGAGAUGAAACUUCUGACAUGGCAGCAGAACAAGGGCAGAUCCUGGUAAUAGCCACGGCGGCUGUGGGGGGAUUCACUCUCCUAGUCAUCCUCACUCUGUUCUUCCUCAUCACUGGGAGGUGUCAUUGGUAUAUAAAGGCCAAAAUGAAAUCAGAGGAGAAGAGAAGAACACACUUACAGAAUGGCCACCUGCGCUUCCCAGGAGUUAAAACAUACAUUGAUCCAGACACCUAUGAAGACCCAUCUCUAGCAGUCCAUGAAUUUGCAAAAGAGAUUGAUCCUUCAAGAAUUCGCAUUGAGAGAGUUAUUGGAGCAGGUGAAUUUGGGGAAGUCUGCAGUGGGCGUUUGAAGACACCAGGGAAAAGAGAGAUCCCAGUUGCCAUUAAAACACUGAAGGGUGGUCACGUGGAUCGACAAAGAAGAGAUUUUCUGAGAGAAGCCAGCAUCAUGGGUCAGUUUGACCAUCCCAACAUCAUUCGCCUAGAAGGUGUCGUCACCAAAA